CUUGUGGUCCUCUAUUUCUACUACUAACACCACAACCAGCAGAGUACUAAUGGAAUUUUUGUUACCUCUGCAACCAACUCCAACAGCACCUGAAACAGUUCUCUAACUUUGAAACCUCUCUCCUCCUCUCUCUCUUUCAAAUACCCUUCAAUAAUCUUGCUACGACACAUCUUCUGGAUCCUCUAAUCAUCAUUCUCUUCUCUUCUCCUCCAUGUUCAAGGAACUUUAAUUUCUCGCUAACUUCAAACAUAAAACAUGUGUUGCUCAUUCAAAUAGUUUCUUUCCAGAGAGAUCUGUUUCUAUCUUGUCAUAAUUCUUGUAAAACACUACUACUCCUUGUUUUGUUUUGUUUCUUAUUCCCUCCUUUCAAAUACUCUCAAAGUUGCGUUUGAAAGAUGGAUCUUUUUCAAAACCCAUCUUGUAUAAAAUCAAAGAGAUUGGAAGCAGGAUUAUGGGUUGCAAAGCUUGUGCUGAUGAUGAUGGGGGUUGUAUCCCUUCUUUUUUUGUUGAAAGUGGCAAUAAUCCCAUACACAUUCGAUCUUCUUCUCUCGACUCUCCCUCGCCUUUGGACCUCUGCAAGAAGCUGGUUGACUCUCCCAUUUGUUUACAUCAUUGUCAACUUCAUCAUCAUCACCAUUGCUGCUUCCUCCAACUUCUCCCACCAAUCCAUACCCUUCUCUUCUGCUACUUCUUCACCCAAGAAAACUGAUGCAGAUUCAGAUUCAGAUGCAACCACCACUGUUUCAGACCCUCCCACCAACCCAACUACUCACCCGGUAAUCCAAAACAAUGAGCCACCAAAUCAACAAGAGAAAGAGGUUAUUCAACAUGAAGAAGAAGAAGAAAAAGAAGUAGAAGUUGUUGAUGCUGAUUAUGACUAUGAUAAGUUAAGAGCACUUGGUUUGUCUUUUGAGAAAAUCCUGACCAGCCCAUCAUUGGAAAAGUGCACCAACGACUAUUUCUUGCCGGAAUCCGAUGAAAAAGGUGAUGAUCGUGAUCACGAUGAUGAUCAUGAUGAUACACUAGAAGCAACAUGGAGGGCUAUCAUGGAGGGUCAAGGGAAAACAAUGAAGCCGCAGCUGAAGAAGAGUGACACAUGGAGUGGUGGUGCAAGGAUUUCCAAGGCAGAGCCAUUUCAACGACAUAACAAUGGACAAGGCUAUGGUGGUGGCGAUGAUGAUGAUCCUGUAACUUGGGCUCAAAAGGAGCUGAGAAAGUCUGAGACUUUCAACGACAGAGCUUCGUUGAGGAGGGAGAAGUCAAUGACCCCUGAGGAGUUGAAUCUCAGGGCUGAAGCAUUCAUCAAGAAUUUCAACAAUCAGAUGAAGCUUCAGAGACUUGAAUCUUACCAACGUUACAUGAAAAUGGUCAAUGGCCGAGCUUAGCUUGAUGUUGUUCUUCAUCUUCCUUUUUCACCAGUCACAGUGAAAAUAAUAAUUUAGCAAAAUGAGAGUCUCUUGAAGUAUAUUAACCAUUUGAAGGACUUGAUGUGUGUACAUAUUUUUGCUGCUGAGACUGUGUGAGGAAGCCAAAACAUGUGUAUCAGAGGACAUGGUGGACUUUUUCCCUUGUCAAGUUUCUUGUGACAUAGUAGGCAUAAUAUUAUUAGUAGUUUUUUCCCCCUAAUCUAUGUUGUUCUCUUUCAAUAAGUCUAGUGUUUUAUAUAUAUUAUAUGAUAUAUAUAAACAUAAGGGUUGUAGUAAGUAUGUAAUUUGAACCCUAGGCAACACGCACUAAGAGGAGGAUUAUUUGUACUUAUGCUGCAAUUUCAUGCAGAGCUAGUUUGCAAGCUAAUUUACUUUAGUA